UCUCGGACUUCAAGAAUGGGCAUGUGUCUUCCAUGCAACUCGAUAUUAAAUUGGAGCAAGGAGCAAUAGAACCAGUACUCUUUUUUUCUCUAAUGCUGACUGAUAGCUGAGUCUACUCUCCACCCUGGGCCUUGGUUUCUAACUAAGCAAGAUUAUCCUGUCGAUAACAUAAUUUUUCUGCUCUGGGCCAAAUGUUUAUCUCUGUGUUGUGGUUGGUUGAAAGGGAAUGCCCCGACCUUGGUGAUAUCUCAAAAACACUGUUUAUUGCUAUAUUUGUCAUUGGGAACAUAUGGUGGGAAGUUGUUUGAAUGGGACAUGUAACUGAUUCCUAGAUGUAGCUGCAGAAAAUAUACAUACCAGGGUAGCAUUGCGAACGCAGAAUUUGUGAGUAGAAAGUGACUGUUAAAUGAAAUCACCAUUCACACUCAGGACCAGUGCAUCUAUUUGUAGAUCAGAAGAUGUGCAAGAAAAGGCUAGAAUUUCCUCUUGUUACCCCAGUGUUGUUCCAUUGACAUCAGUGGAUUUAUCCCUGCACCAACAUUGGUGAAAGGAGAAUCGCAUGUCUGAUUCCACUCUCAAUAACUCCGGACGUCACCAUUGAGAAACAAACAGACGUUUCCGUCUUAAUAUCUGUGAUUUGCUUUUCUCCUGCCAGGCUCUGCCUACAAACUUGUGUGUUACUUCACUAAUUGGUCUCAGUACAGGCCAGAACCUGCCAAGUACUUCCCAAACAAUGUGGACCCAAAUCUAUGCACCCACUUGAUCUAUGCCUUUGCAACUAUGAAUCAAAAUAAGAUUGCCCCAUAUGAAUGGAAUGAUGAAGACAGACUCUACCCAGAAUUUCAAGCACUAAAGAAAAGAAACAACAAACUUGUAACCAGCCUGGCUAUUGGAGGGUGGAACUUUGGCACUCAGAAAUUCACUGAAAUGGUUGCCUCACCAGUUAAUCGUAAAACGUUCAUUGACUCGGUGAUCGCAUACCUCCGUAAGUUUGGGUUUGAUGGGAUCGACCUGGAUUUUGAAUACCCAGGUUCUAGAGGUAGCCCCCCCGAGGACAAACAUCACUUCACCAUCUUGAUUCAGGAAAUGCUGGAAGCCUUUAAAGCUGAGGCUGCAAGCACUGGACUCCCAAGGCUGUUGGUUACCGCAGCAGUAUCUGCUGGCAAAGGAACUAUUGAUGCUGGAUAUGAAAUUGCUGAGAUAGGGAAGCUUCUCGAUUUCAUCAGCGUGAUGACCUACGACUUCCAUGGAGGCUGGGAUUCCUUCACAGGUCACAACAGCCCGCUCUAUAAAGGCUCUGCCGACUAUGGUGACUUCAAGUACUUCAACUGUAAAUAUGCCAUGGAAUACUGGAAUGAUAACGGCGUCCCAGCCGAGAAGCUCCUGAUGGGAUUCCCCACCUACGGGCGUACCUUUAGGCUUAGCAGCGGUGACAUAUAUGUUGGUGCCCCAGCCUCUGGGGCUGGGUCUUCUGGGCCUUACACCCGGGAAGCUGGUUUCUGGGCUUAUUAUGAGAUCUGCACAUUCCUAAAGACUGCUCAGGUACGAUGGAUUCAGGACCAGAAAGUCCCCUAUGCCGUUAAGGGGAAUAACUGGGUUGGAUAUGACAACAUGUGCAGCUAUAAACACAAAGUCAAAUACUUGAAGGAGAAACAUUUUGGAGGUGCCAUGGUGUGGGCUAUUGACCUGGAUGAUUUCCUGGGCUCUUUCUGCAAUGAAGGAAAGUAUCCUCUAAUAAGUGAGCUGAAGAGACUCCUCGAAACAAAAGAUCCGAUUGUGCCCAAUUGCCCUACAGACAUCCCUCCACCAGACCCCAUGCCUUCUCCAGACGACAGUACAACUACCUCUUCAGUUAUUCCCCCAACUGAGGGGGGAGAUGGUACAUUUUGUGCUGGCAGACAAGAUGGUACCUAUGCCGACCCCAAAGAUAAUACAAAAUUCUUCGUAUGUGCUGGAGGCAGGACUUACCACUUCACCUGUGCAGCUGGCCUCGUCUUUGAUGAGAGCUGCAAGUGCUGUAAUUAUCCAAAAUGUUAACCCCAGCCCUAGCUCAGAACAAACACUGAUGAGUAACAUACUGUAACUCGAAUCAUUCCCGGCAGAAUCCCUCUUUCCCUAUUAAAAAAAAGCCAAGUGGUGGUGAUAAGUCAUUAAUAUGU